AUGGCAUCAAGACGGACGACAAGCCGUUCCGAUACCUCGGCGCUCGUACCUCCCGGACAUUUCCUAGAAGCCGCAGCACAGCACAAGGAGAGCGCUGGCAAGUCGACAAUCCUCGAGCAAUUGGCGAAGCUGCCACUGCUGCCGCGAAGGCGCACCCUGUGUACCCGAGUGGCCAUUCAUAUGAGAUUGCGCCGUUCACCAGAUGAGAGCAGCGUGACACUGGCUGUGUACAAGGUGACAGCACGCGGGGAGACACUGGAGAAGGGCCCAGAACCUCGGCUGCGGCAAGGCUGA